CAUAUAAAAGCGGGUAUAUGGCAUGUACUUCAGUCAUUCAAAAAUAGCAACGAAAAAAACUAUUUGAAAAGAUGAAAAAGUUCUUGAUUUUAACCAUUUGUGCGCUAGCGAUCUUCGCUAUUGAUGCAUACGAAUUCGAUUCAAAUGAGAAUUUCAUCGAAGACCCAAAAGUUGAACAGUCGCCUGAAACAGAUUGGAAAGGGAUAUUUUCACCACAAUGCAAAAUAUGUGAAGAAGUGAUGAGAAAAGUUCGAAAAGAAAUUGGACGUGAAUCAUCAAGGGAACAUAUAAAACAUGUAUUGAAAAAGAUGUGUUCCAUCGUUCCCCACAAACGUUUCAGACAAAAAUGCUCUGCACGUGUCGAUAAGGAUGGUGAUCGAAUCGUGGAUAUGUUUCAAAAAGAGCAAUCGGGCAAGGUAAUCUGCAUCGCAAUGGGUUUCUGUGGUGCUUACAUGGAUGAAACCUCUGAAGAAUACGAUUCUUCAUCAAAUAUUGAACUCUUCUCCAUUCAAUGUCUUCUUUGUGAAAAAGUUAUGCAGAAAGUCAAGAAAGAAAUUGGACGCGAAUCAUCAAGAGAUCACAUCAAGGAUGUACUCAAAAAAGCAUGUUCUGUCGUUCCUGACAAACGCUUCAGACGAAAAUGUGUAGAACGAAUUGAGGAUGAUCACAUUGUAGACAUGUUAAUUAAUGAUGCAACUACAAAGGCCAUUUGCGUUUAUUUUGGAUUUUGUUGAAUACCCGUUGAUGAUCCACUCUGGUCUUGAAUUUCUUUUUUGUACUCAUAUUUUACAUUUAAUUAAAACCUAGAAAUAUGAAAAUUGAUCCAUCUAUAA